CUCACCAUCAAAAUGGACGCCAACGCUGAAGGCGGCCCGCCCAAGGCCGAGGUCGCCGAGGUCGGCGUAGAGUUCACGCCGCCUCCGGGACCCCCGCCGUCCGCGCCGCCCCAGGUCGUCGAGCCUGCGCAGCCUGAAGAAGCGCCCGUGCUGCCACCCUCGGCCGCCGCGCUCUUCGCUUCGGCCCGCGGCGACCGGCUCAGGCAAGCUGCGGAGCGGCGCAUCCCGGAGCACCGCGAGGCUGUAGGGACUGCGCCUGAGGCUUCCGCAGCUGCCGACCCCGCUGCUCCCCCCGCGCCUGCACCUUCACCCGAGCCUGCCGCAUCCGCUCCUCCUUCUGACCUGCCUGCCGCCGACAUCCCAGCUCCUCCUCCCGCGCCGGCUUCCGAAGUGCCCUCCGAGGCUCCUGUCGAGGAGACGCCAAAGAAGAAGACGAAGAAGACAAAGAAGGCUAAGAAGGAGAAGGCGGAGCCAACGAUCGCCGUCGCCGCCGAGGUCGACGUCCCCCCCGCCGCAAUCCCAGACGAAGAACCCAUCCCGCCGCCGCCGCCUCCUCCGCCCCCGAAACCCACCCUGUCGCCUGAGGACGAGGCGCGCAUCGAGGCGCAGCUGCGGCGUGACCUGGCGGCCUCGCCAAGCCAGCUCGAUCCGCCGCUCGCGGGCUCGAUCUUCCGCUCCGCACAGGAGCCGGGGUACGACCGUCCGCUGGGGGAACAGGACGCCGAGAAAGUGGCGGCAUGGCAGGAGGAGGAGUUUCAGCGCCGCUUGCGUGGCGAGUACGAGUCGGCGCAGCGCAGCGUUGGCGACGUCGUUUGGAGCAGCAUGGAGCGUCCGAUGCGCGUGACGUCGAUCCGGCUGAGUCCGCCGCCGCCGACCACACGCCGCGACUUCCUCGACGCCAUGCUCCGCCCCUUUCUCCAGCCGACGUGGCCGGCGUGGCUGUACAACGUCCCGCCGAAGGGCGAGACGCUACACGAGGUGCUCAUGGGCACGAAGUAUAUGCUUGCGCACAUCGACCAGCUGGGCGUCUUCGACGCAGCGCAUACUGGCAUCCGCCUCGAGCCGAGCCCGUCAGGCAACCCGGACGAGCUUGAGCUUGUGCUGAGUCUGCGCGAGCGCGGGCGCCUGUUCCUAAAGGCCGGAACGGAGUUUGGUGGCAACGAAGGUGGUGGUAAUGUGACUGCGCGCAUCCGCAAUGCCCUUGGCGGCGGCGAGGCGCUCGAAGUCAACGCGAGCCUCGGCACGAAAACCCGCUCUGCGUACCAGGCAUCGCUUUCAGUCCCCGUCCUCGCAUCGCCGUACCUCAACUUCCAAGUGUCGGCGUUCUCGCUCGACCGUGACAACACGGCAUUCGCAAGCCACCGCGAGCUCUCGCAGGGCGGGCGGCUCAAGCUCGCUGCGCUGACACCAUGGGGCAACCACGACCUCAUGUACGAAUAUGUCUCGCGCGAGAUAGGGCAUCUGCAGCCCAAGGCGAGUGUAUCUAUCCGCGAGCAGGCAUUGCCUUCGACCAAGUCGGCCAUCUCGCACACAUGGGUCAGCGACACGCGUGACGACCCAUGGUGUGGCACCGCCGGGCGGCUGCUCAAGGCGACUCAUGAAUACGCCGGGUUGCCGGGUAGCUCUGAGCUGGCGCACUUCCUCAAAUCGACGACGCAAAGCCAGGCCUCGCGCCCCAUCUUCCCAGGAUCCAAUGUCUUCGUCUCGGUCUCCUCGUUCACGUCCAUCCUCUACCCCCUCUGGAAGGGCGAGGGCAAGACGUACCUUCCAGACCGGACGUUCCUGGGCGGCCCGAACUCAGUACGCGGCUUCAAGGUCGGCGGGCUGGGCAUGAGCGACAAGGCGGACAGCCUGGGCGGCGACCUCGCAUACGCGCUCGGCGUAAGCAUGAUCGCGCCGAUCCCGAAGAAGGAGAGCUGGCCCCUCAAGCUCCACACGUUCCUCAACAUGGGCAAGGUGUUGCGAUAUGACCAGACACGCAACUUCGCCGAAAACAUUGCCAAGCUCUACACGUGUCCGUCGCUGUCGGUCGGCGUGGGUUUGCUAUACCGAUUCGACCCGCUUCGUAUCGAGCUCAACUUCUCGAUGCCGAUUAUCGCGCGCAAAGGCGAGCGCCUGGGGCGCGGCCUCAGCGUCGGCGUCGGUGUCGAAUUCUUGUAGACCAUGCAUGCACCUAUCACUGCCAC